UUAAUGAAGAAGCGUCAAAGCUGGUAACAAUCACACAAGCAGGGACUCCAAGCCCUAGUGACCAAGCAUGGCGUUGUCAUGGAAACUGUUCCUGCUCCUGUCCGUCAUUGGGUGUCUGUCAGUACUCACAUCAUCUAUUCCUGGCCAGCAGACAUCUUACGCUGCUUUAUUAAGGAUCAAAUCUGCGAGCUCCUCUUCUUCGGUGUUUAACUCAAGGAACAGACCGAGAUACAGCAGCACCGCGUUAGAAUCGCUCGGUCACUCCUCACAGUCUUGGAGAGAGAGAGCAAAACAGUACAGUUAUCCAACAAAUCUCUAUCACUUUUCGGAAGCCUAUCGGCAAGAUGAUGAGAGUGUGGAUUAUGGACCAGUAUUUGUCCAAGAACCAGAAAAUGUUAUAUUUCCCAUGGAUUCUGGAGAGAAGAAAGUGGCACUUAAUUGUGAGGCAAGAGGGGCACCAUCUCCAAGUUAUAGAUGGCUUCGAAACGGAACUGAAAUAGACUUGGAAAGUGAUUACCGCUACAGUUUGAUAGAUGGAAAUUUGAUUAUCAGCAGCCCAAAUGAAGUGAAGGAUUCUGGGCAAUAUCAGUGCUUAGCCGCUAACUCCUUUGGCAGUGUCCUUAGUAGAGAGUCAACACUUCAGUUUGCAUAUCUCGGGAAUUUUAGCGGCCGGGUAAGGAGCGCAGUGUCGGUAAGAGAAGGCCAAGGCGUUGUGCUAAUGUGUUCCCCGCCACAUCAUUCUCCAGAGAUUAUCUACAGCUGGGUGUUCAAUGAGUUUCCUUCUUUCGUGGCUGAAGAUAGUCGGCGGUUCAUCUCCCAGGAGACGGGAAACCUUUAUAUCGCCAAAGCCCUGGCUGCUGAUGUUGGGAGUUAUAUUUGUCAUGUAAAAAACCUGCUGACCAAUACAAGAGUCAUGAGUCCUCCAACACCAUUAACUCUUCGAAAUGACGGUGUAAUGGGAGAAUAUGAACCGAAAAUUGAGGUCCAUUUUCCUUAUACGUUUACCGCUGCUAAGGGAACUACAGUUAAAAUGGAGUGCUUUGCUCUUGGCAACCCUGUUCCUACGAUUUCGUGGCGGAAAGUGAGUGGUUUUAUUCCAAGUAAAGCCCGUCUAAGAAAAUCACAGGCGGUUCUGGAAAUUCCUAACGUGCAACUGGAAGACGCGGGAACGUACGAAUGCAAAGCGGAGAAUUCCCGGGGAAAGAACGCCUUCCGAGGACAGCUUCAGGUUUACACCCAACCGCAGUGGGUUGAGAAGAUUAAUGACACUCAAUUAGACAGUGGAGACCAGCUCCGCUGGGAAUGCAAGGCCACGGCGAAGCCAAGACCCAUAUAUCGCUGGCUUAAGAACGGCCUUCCCUUGAUGCCACAGAACAGAAUUGAGAUGGUCAAUGGUAUGCUGACCAUUCACAACAUCAACCAGUCAGACGCUGGAAUGUAUCAGUGCUUGGCAGAAAACAUCUACGGGAUUAUAUACGGAAGUGCGGAACUCAAGGUAUUAGCAUCGGCUCCUGUUUUCGAGCUCAACCAAAGGCAAAAAACAAUAAUCAUCACCAAGGGGAAAGAAGUUAAUUUGGAAUGUAAACCACAAGCUUCUCCGAAACCCACCAUCUCUUGGAUGAAAGGCGACAGAGCUGUAAGGCAGAACAAGAGGGUAGCUGUUCUUCCAGAUGGAAGUUUACGGAUCUUAAAUACUUCCAAAGCGGAUGAAGGAAAAUACACGUGCCGUGGGGAAAAUAUAUUUGGUUCUGCGGAAAUUGUAGCAUCUGUGUUUGUUACAGAACCAACCAAAAUAGAACUAACUCCAAAAAGAACGGAGUUAACGGUCGGGGAGAGCAUCGUGUUAAGCUGCAAGGCCAUUCACGACUCUUCACUGGACGUGACGUUCUUCUGGUCUCUGAAUGGAAAACCUGUCGAUUUUGAACAAGAUGACGGACAUUUUGAAAGCAUCAGGGCACAAGCGUCCUCGGCAGAUUUAAUGAUUAGGAACAUUCUCCUGAUGCAUGCCGGGACGUAUGGCUGCAGGGUGCAGACUACGGCUGACAGUGUAUCAGAUGAGGCAGAACUUCUCGUUAGGGGUCCACCUGGACCUCCGGGGGUAGUAAUUGUGGAGGAAAUCACAGAAAGCACAGCCACCCUGUCCUGGAGUCCCGGAGUUGACAAUCACAGUCCAAUCAUUUUUUACAAUCUUCAAGCUCGGAGCCCGUUUUCCCUUGGCUGGCAGACUGUGAAAACAGUCCCUGAAACAAUCAGUGGGGAUAUGGAGUCUGCGAUGGCGGUCUAUCUGAAUCCAUGGGUGGAAUACGAGUUUCGAGUGGUUGCCACUAACAGCAUUGGGACCGGGGAUCCAAGCCUCCCAUCCCGUGUCAUUAGAACCAGUGAAGCAGUUCCUAAAACCCCUCCAGCCAAUGUAAGCGGAGGAAGCGGGAGACGCCAUGAGCUUGUGAUAACAUGGGAGCCCGUCUCAGAAGAGUUUCAGAACGGAGAAGGGUUCGGAUACAUUGUGGCUUUUAGACCCAACGACACAAGGGGUUGGAAAGAAAAAAUGGUGACCUCUUCAGAUGCCUCAAAGUUUAUCUACCGUGAUGAAAGUACCCCUCCUCUCACUCCUUUUGAAGUUAAAGUUGGCGUAUACAACAAUAAGGGAGAUGGCCCGUUCAGCGAUGUUGUUUUUAUCUAUUCUGCAGAAGGGGAACCCAGCACCGCACCUGCGGAUGUCAAAGCAGCUGGUCUCUCUGCCUCCGAGAUCCUGGUAUCAUGGAAGCCUUUUAAAGAGAACCUAGGAAAGUCUCUGCGAUUUGAGGUUAGUUACUGGAAAGAUAUGGAGCAAGAAGAGGCUGCCGAAAAAGUAAAAACCUCUGGAAAUGAAUCGUCCAUCAUCCUGGCAGAUUUAGAAGGAAACACGUUGUAUCACAUCACCGUGAGAGCAUUCAACAAAGCUGGGUACGGGCCACCCAGCCAGGCCGUACGCGCAAGCACCAAAAAAUCACCUCCCAGUCAAGCUCCAAGUAUCGUCAAGUGGAUGAGGAAUGGACCCCACGUGUCUCUGGGCUGGGAAGCAGUCACAUCGCUGGCCAACGAGUCCGACGUCAUGGGAUACAAGGUCAUGUUGAGACAAGAAGGUCACAGCAACAGCCAAGUCAUUCAGACGCAGACAACAUCGGCGGUGGUUCUUCUUCCUGACUCAGGUUUUUAUAUCAUCGAAGUUCGAGCUAUUAGUGAAGGAGGAGAUGGAACAGCCAGUUCUCAAAUCAGAGUUCCAUCGUAUUCAGGGAAGGUAACGAGUGCGACGCUCUCAAUACACAGCAUUUCUUCUACACUAUCUAUAACAUUACUAUUAGCAGUGGUUGUUCCAACGGCAACAUGGUGAAGAGAGAAGUUCCUACAUUUUUUUUUAUUUAUUUAUUAUUAUUUUUAAUCAAUGACACGAUCUGGGCUUCUUAUUCAUGGAGAUGCUGGGAUCCUGACCUACCCUUCAAUGAAAACACCCAAAGACUUGAUAAAAUAGACUAAGAGGGCGUGCUGGCAAAAAAAAAUGCAUUUUUAAUAUCUGAUUAUUUUUUUUUUUCUUUUUUAUUUAAUAAAUAGACUGACUGGUUCACGAAUAGUCUCGACAAGCUUCUGUAAAGAUGAACAUACAGCAACUUAUAUGAUGUGAAUUUAUUUCUAUGCUUUUUAUCGACUUGGUAACUGAUUACUGGAGUGCGUACCCUUCAUUUAUUUAAGCAGUGGUGUGCAGUACAUGCUUACAAUGAAAACACAUGCUAUUUACUAUUGGUCCGGUGAUAUUUUUACAACUUCUAUAUAUAUAUAUUUAUAUCGUUACCCCCUGAAUCACUUCUGCUAUAGAUAUAAUGCAUCAGAAUAUAGCUCAGUGAUAGGGACACUUCUAGAUUUACAACAACAUAGCAAUAGGGAAAGUAUGCUUUGCUAUGGCAGAAUCCUAGUUUUUGUUAUUUGAACCCCUAACUUGAAUGUAGCCAUUACUCCUUAAGAAGAAAAAAGAA